CGUAUAUCGAGAAUUCAGAUUGCUGUGUACAGGCUUUGACUAUUCGGGACAUAGUCAAGCACCGAUAUCUUAUGGUUAAAAAAAGGCUGUGUAAUGUAGUUUGAUCAUUGUACUUCCCCGAAACUCACUGUGAAUAAUGUGCGAAUGACGUGCAGUGUAUGGUCCAUAAAAGAACCGAGUUACUAAUUAAAAACAGCCGGGGACAUCGAAGUGUAAAAAGUGUGUCACCACCAUACAACGUGAGAUGCUACGAGAACUACUGCAUGUAUAGUGUGGAGCAACCCGGAGGAGAGUUAAGCAGAGACAUCCGAGUAACUUCUCCAUUACUCAGCAACGUUGGUGAGUUUGCAUGUGUUAGGUUACGGGUAUUUCCCUGGGACUCCUUUAUCAUGUGGCGUGGCGGUAACAAUUGUUACACAUAUCUUCAAUUUUUUAGCUGUAUAGAUAGGCUCAUUCGUGAUCACAACAGUGCUCGACUUUGAGUUGGACCGUUUCUUUUUUUUUGUUACGGUUGACCUAUUUUACUGUGUUUACUCAAAGUUAAAAAUUUUGCAUGUUGUUGAAAGUGGAAUGAGCAUCGCGACAGUUUAUCA